CUGAUUAGUCACGCUGCCCGCGUUAAACACGUCCAGCUCGUGAGGACGUCCACCACAUUUUCACAGCCCACGGUCACGUGAGGCUGCUGGAGGAGGCGCGCGAGCCCGACGGACGAGCGUUUGAUCACCGCCGCCGUUUCAGCCGCGCCUGUUCGCUGCUGAGAAGGUCGACGCUGAAUGAUCGGAAGAUGACACAUGGACGCGGGGAGCGAGCGGAGCGGCACACGGGGAUGAAAUAAAGUCCUCCCGGGUAACCCAGCCUGGCUGCCUGGGCGGUGAAGCUUUUACGUAACGGAGCUUUGUGGAGGGAUUGCAGGGAAGCUUCUGGCUUAAUCACAGCCUGGAAACGCAGGUGACAUAAGCCAAGAUUUGGUUUGUCCACCAUUCAGCAUGAUCAGUUGGGGGACUCUCCUCCAUCUUAAGUGACUGCAUCAGGAUGAACGAGGGCUACAAGCCAGGUGGAGGAGUCUCAACAGUCAAGGACGAUGUUGUCCUCCACCCUGUCAACCUUGACAAAGACAGGGAUUUACGUCCAGGUUACGUGCAAGGGUUCUUGGGGGACGACCCAAACUUCAACCCCCCUACAUUAUUUGAGAAGGAAUACCUGCUGGAUGGAAGGUUAAUGGACAAUAACCAUACAGUGUGUCAGAAAGGUAACGGUUCAUACAUGGCUAGUGCUAAUCAGCUUCAUCUCUCCAAUGACAAUAAGAAUGUGGCGGACUUUCCUGCUUGUGUUGACUCAUGCACGCCAACAAACUGUGCAGGUAGUGAAAUACGUAAUGGUGCAAGAUCAAAAAUGUCCUGUCUUAAUCUGAAACAAGAAACGGAUCAAUCUCACUUGCAAUCCAACCCUAGAGACAGCCAGGAUGUCGUCAAUCUAUUGCCUGCUAAAAAAGAGCCGGAUUUAGUCAUUGAAGUUGGCGGGCAGACAAUUAAUGCUCACAAGUCGGUCCUGGCAGAGAAAAGCGACUACUUUAAAGCUCGGCUGUCACGAAGCGUCCUCAAAGUAAAGGGUAUGAGCUACAAGACAUUAUCAACGCUAAUAGACUACGUUUACACUUCCCGCAUGAAAGUUUCAAAGGACAACGUUGUUGAUGUCAUCACAGGGGCCAAAAUCCUCCAAAUCCCCUGCGCCGUCCAGGCAGCCAUGGACCGAGUGACAGAACAAAUCACUGCAGAGAACUGCUACGAGAUUCUAAAUAUUGGAAAAAAACAGCGGCUCAGUGAGCUAAAAGAGACCGCUUACGGCUUCAUUAGCGACAACUUCCUUCAGAUACUCAAGGACCCCUGUGUGUACGGGCGUCUGACCGGGUCUGAGCGGGAUCUGGUCUUGAAGAAAAGAAUGGACGGAAGGAAGACUCUUAUGGUUGCCGAGGUAAACGACGUGUUCGAUCGCGUUGGGAGCCGACCGCCGAGCCGCUGUGGCAGCCGUCCUCAGAGCCCCCUGUCAGUGGGGUCUUUGGAGGAGAGCCACAUGAUCUACUCCUUUAGUGAGGCAGCCAGUGACUGGAGAGCUUUGACAGCCAUGCCUGAGGACAUCAACACUAAAGGAUGUGGAAUCUGCACUUUGUUUAAUUACCUGUUUGUGGCAGGGGGGAUAAAAGGCUAUGGGGAAAAGGGGAAGGUAUCAGACAAAGUUUUCUGUUAUAAUCCCAAAACCAACCGCUGGACUGAGAUCCGACCUAUGACCCAAGCUCGUGCCCAGCUAAAGCUGGUGUCCAUGGAUGGCUACCUGUACGCUAUCGGAGGGGAAUGUUUGUUUACCGUGGAAAAAUAUGACCCUCGUAUGGACCGAUGGACAACGGUAGCCCCUUUGCCGAAAGGAGCUUUUGCGGUGGCUCACGAGGCUACGACCUGCAGCGGAGAGCUUUACGUCUCUGGGGGCUCGCUCUUCUACCGCCUCCUCAAGUACGACCCCAAGAGGGACGAGUGGCAGGAGUGCCCGUUCAACAACAGCAGGAAGAAGUCGACGGAUAUGGUGGCGCUGAAGAGCUUCAUCUACCGCUUCGACGUCACCCGCGAACAGGGCAUCAACGUGUUCAAGUACAACACCAUAGUGAAAAUGUGGCACGAUUGCGCAUCGCAGAGACUCGGCAGCUCGUUACCAUUUAGGUGUGCCGUCGUGGGCAAUUGCAUCUACUGUGUAAACAAAAGUCAAACUCUCCAGUUUGUGGUGGAGGAAGAGAACGCCUACUUUGUGGAGGAGCCGCUGAAGGCACCUCUCGAAGCCAAAGGCCUUCUUUUUCCUUUUGUGCUCACUUUGCCUGAAAAGGCUGAGAAAGUUACGCCCGGGUGUGAUUCAGAGUAACAAUACUCCUAAGCAGGCUAUAAUGGAACCUCCAAAGUCCAACACAUCCUGUUCUGUGAUGUUGGUUGAUUUCCAAGUUGUUCUAUUUGCAAAAGAUGAUAGAUUACCCUAAGGACAUUCAAUUGAUCCCAACUGGACUGUUCAGUUGGUCCUAGCAGACUUUUCGUCUUUGAACGGAGCAGGCUUCAUAAGUUCACUUAUACACUUAGAUGAUCAACUUUGGUCAGAGAUUGUCAGACUAGAUCAAAGUCUGAGAAUACAUUGACCCAGAUGAAUGAUGACAUCAUCAUCAUAAUAGAUUACCGUAUUGACCGGAAUAUAAGAUUCAAAGUCGUCUUUUAUUCAGGUGAUACAGAUUUAUACAUGCAAACCAGUUGAUGGCAGCAAACGUCUUCAUGUGAGUCAGAGCUUUUCUUCUUGUCACUCACACAUGUAGAGAUACGCCUGCAAGGGUUGGACAAUUAUUUAAUCUUUGGCUUCUCAUGAUUAUGAAAAUAUAAUAAUCAACAAAACGAUUGUAGGGCCGUGCAACGUGCAUGCACAUUCCAGAGCUUGUGACGGUGGAAUGGAUGAGGAGUGAAUGAGUGGAAAAAAAACAUGCCUACGAGAAGUUUGGGAUCUCUCCAUGGUUGCUGCUUUUUUUUUGACACAGAGCUAGCUAGUAUGACCUGGGCAUAGGAUUUCCACCUUGACUUAACAGAGUCACAUAAUCGGCCAAUGAAACGCAAUCCGCUGUUAAACGCAGAAAAUCAGGGAAAUUGACAUACAUGUAAGUGAAAUGCUGUCAUUGUGAAAAGAAGGAACAUUUGUUUGGGAAAAAAUUGUGUCCAGGACCACUCAUUCAUCCCCGAAACACAUCCUGAACUAAUGUCGAGACGGCCACUUGAAACAGUGACUAAACCAUGAAGCUAAAGCUAGCGAGAACAAUCCAUACACACACAACAUAUAUUAUCUGCUUGUGUUGUGACGACAUCAUUGAUGUAACAACAAUGUACAAACAGGCCAGCAGUUGCAACUUGAGAAGCGCUCUCUCUUGCUCUCGCACUUAUUGAUACAUUUACACAAUUAUUAUCAUUUGACCUAAAACACUGGUCAAAUUGUCCAUUUGAUUAACAAACAUUUUGUUACAUUUUAUUUUACACAUUAAGCACAUACUCUAUGGCGGUAAAAUAAGUGUAAAUGGUAGAAAAAAAAGAAAAAAACAAUUGAAAAGGAAAAACUGAAUUUCAUUGUUUUAAAUUGCUUUUGUUAUUUAAAUUUGUUAUUGCUAUUAUUAUUUUUUUUACUUGUGGUUUAUUCGUUACUAAUUUAUAUUGAUGUGUUUUUUAAACUUUAUUUACAGUUGAAUUUUGGUGACACAAUAGUCGUGUUUUCAAAUUAAUGAAUAAUCGUGACAUUAAUCGUGAUGAUAAUAUUAAUCAAAAUAUUUGUGAUGUAUUCAUUUUUGCCGUAGGCCUAUUUGUCCAGCCCUAGCACCCGAGACAACAACUGCCAAACACACAACAGAAGAGGGCUUAUGAUGCUGAUUUUAAUAUAUUGGUGAUCAGUGAAGCACAGCCCUCAAACAACUGUUGAGCAGCUAAGACAAAUAAUAUCCUUUUAAUUGUAAUUUACCAAUUGUUACUGUAUUGGGGAAAAAAAGAGAUUGAUUUAAAAAAAAGGCGGAAGACUUAUAUCUAUUUAUAUAUAUAUACGAUAAUAUGGGGACGGCGUGGCGAAGUUGGGAAAGUGGCCGUGCCAGCAAUCUGAGGGUUACUGGUUCAAUCCCCACCUUCUACCAUCCUUGUCACGUCCGUUGUGUCCUUGAGCAAGACACUUCACCCUUGCUCCUGAUGGGCCUGGUUAACACACUGCAUGGCAGCUCCCGCCAUCAGUGUGUGAAUGUGUGUGUAAAUGGGUGAAUGUGGAAAUAGUGUCAAAGCGCUUUGAGUUCCUAAAAGGUAGAAAAGCGCUAUACAAGUAUAACCCAUUUACCAUAUGCUCCAGGCUCAUACUGCAGCAAUCAUAAUACUACGGGUGUCCUGAUCCGAUAUUGAAAACAAAUAUCGGUCUGAUGUCAGCAAAAAAACAUCACUAAGUGUGUACAGUAUCGGACUACUUGUGCAAAGCUGGACAGCCAGUUAACAUCUAAAUGUCCUCCAAUAAGCACACAAGGUUGGUCUUUUCUUGUAUUUUAGUCAAGUCGUUUACGAAAGGUAAACACGGUAGGCUAUGAGCUAGCAGCUACACAACAGCUAAGCACACAACAACGCACAACCUAUACAUACUAAAUAAGUGACCUUAAAUGAACAAUGUUGCAUUCCAAAAUGCCACAUUUGCCAAUAUAAACAAGUGUUAAAUAAUUAGUUGCAUAUUACUUACAUAUACAAAAUCUCCAAGGCAGAAGUGUAUUAGAAAGUAUCCAAAAACAAAAGUGUCCACACCAUUUAACUUACUGCGUCAUGAGCUUAACUUAGUAAAUUAUUACAACUGCUCGGUGUCACAAAAACAAUUACCACUCCACUUCAACUAAAGACAGCAUAAGUCCAUUCCAGACGGUUAAUAAUAAACUGUGUUUUUCUUUCCUACUAUUAGUCUCUGUUUGACUGAUUUCACUUGAUCAAACUUGUUUGUAUUCCACACUACAAAAUAGUACAAGUAUGUACUAUGAUUCAUGCUGGUCAAGUCGGAUCAAUAUCGAUAUCGGCCAAUACUCAAGGGUCCGAUAUUGGAAGUGGAAAAAGUUGACAUCACUACAUAGAAUGUAAAAUUGUUGUCAUAUUAUAUGCAUAUAUAGAAAAUUACCAUAGCACAAUAGAGCUUCCAAUACAACAUUUUCAGAGUAAUACUUACACCUAGUGGCGUUUGAUAGGUGUUGCUGUAAUUAGUGUACUAUACUGCAUCUGUUUGCUAAAAUUAAUUAGUGUAUGUGAGUGAUAUUUAAUCAAUUGUACUGCUCAUUUUGUAUAGACGCUCCAUGGUUGUCAACACUGCCAUUACUGCCGCUCUUCUUGUGCUAUCACAAAAACACUAAUCCUUUAGUCUAAUUAGUUUGAGUCCCAACUUUUGUUUGACUUUGAAGGUGUUUUUUUCCUAGAAUAUUUGGACUUUGGAGGUUCCACUGUCCGUUAUUGACUCUCCCCAAUGUGUAUUUGUGUGUCAUUGCCUGUUUGCAACAGAAUGUGUGUAUUUGCAUGGCAAUUUUGAUGUUUCUUCAUAAGCAAGCCUUAAAAAGGGAAACUGGAGAGUGCAAGGAAUGCUACAAUAAUGUUAUGACGUGAUGAAAGUGGCAAUUAGACCAGUGUUUCAUGCUUGUGUUGUUGAGAUGGGACGUUAUUUUUUUACACAGUGAGUCGAUUGUGGUGACAAUUAGUUGCAAAAUGAGUCCAUGGUGAUGCGAUGUGGCUUAUACGUAAAGGAAACAGCUGUAAGGCUUCACUAUUGAUGAGUGGAAUGUCAUUGGAUGGAAACACAGAAGUAUUUUACACACCUACAAAAAGCACAUUCCAUUCCAAAUUAUGAGCAGACUUUUUAUGUCCAUUCAAAUUCAGUGUUUUAAAGUUUUGUUGACAGAAUGAAUGAAGGGCAGAGAUGUUUUGUAAUGAAUAUGUUGCAUACUUCAUCUCUGUGUAUGUUCCAGCACAUUUGCCAAAGAUGAUUAAUAAUCUGUUCAAUCAGGUGAGCAUAAAGUGUAAUAGUUGCCCUUUUCGUGUCUAUUUCAAGUACCAUGUUUGCUGCUAACAACCUUCAGCCAUGUUGAACAAGAACAGAGCUGUGAUACCUCGCUGACAGCUACUGGGGUCAAAGGUCAAAUCCGAUGCCACGUUGCUGUCAACACCUAGAAGAAUCUGUGGUUCCAUGACACGUGUACCAUUUAUUCCACAUCCAUAGUAUGUAUUCUAUUAUUUUACAGUACAGUAUGUGCUUGCUGCUGCAGUAGCACACCAUGGAAGUUUGUAUGAAAGAAAGGUCUGCUAAGCCGUGAGCGUAUCUUGGGAAAUAAUACUGGAUGUGGGUUUUUGUACUUUUAGAAUUUCAUUUCUAUGAUAUACAUUUUUUUCAGUAUGAAUUUGCUGGAUUUGGAGCUGCUGCUGUGAUGACAGUUGAGUGCUGCAAGAAGCUUCCGGUGUAAUGACUUUUGGAAUGGGCUAACUAAACAGCUGUUGGAUAAUGUUUGUCGGUCAAAUCAAAGUGCUUGGAAUAAACUAUUUGGUGUAUGGA